AUGUGGAAGGACAACCGGCAUUACUCUCAGUCCAAUUGCUCAGGGGGAAAGUACUACUUCUCCAGGAACAUUCCCCACCCUAGGAUGGUCUGUCACAUACCAGGAUUAAACAAUGCUCCAGUCUGUGUUGUAAGAAGCAGCUUUUCAAGAGAACACUCAUCUACUGGCAACAAAGCUAUCCCCGAGCAAGAAGCUGAUCAGGAACAUGUGCUAACUGGGAAGGCCACAAGCAACACAUCUGCCAACUGCUACCUUCCAAAGCUCAAGGGUUUCAUGCGAAGGGAGCUAGGCAGCUCACAGUCCAUGACACAAGGAUGUGCAGAUCUUCCUGAAGGGAUUCAAAAUAAGCCUACUUCAUCUGAAAAGCUUUUGAAAAAACAAUUCCAAGCCUCUGCACAACCUGCAAACAGACACGGAAUCGACGUCGCAUCUCUCACCCAGUCUUCCUCUCCAUUUGCCAACUCGCAUUACAGUCCUCGCACCCAGGAGAAUGUGAAUUCUGACCUGAGCUACCUGGAUCAGGACAUAAAGGUGCUGGAAAAACUCAGCAAAAUUUUGCAGACAGAUUCACUUACUGAGAUCCAACAAUGGUUUGCAAGGGCAGAGAAAGACUUCGUGUCCAGUCUGAUUUACGCAGAACUGACUGACAAAGGCGUGCUGAAUUCUAAGGAAUGUCCAGAAGAGAACAUGAAUAGCCCGAGUCUGCUGAAGACUCUCCCUCCUCUUCAGAGAGGUCCAGAAAGGGAAAUGACUCAGUCCAGGUCUUCAGCUAAAGAAUCAGUGGCAAGUCGAAACAUGAAACAGGGUCUUCAGCUAAAGAGUCAGUGGCAAGUCAAAACAUGA